GAGUCUAAUUUAAAAAGAUAGCAGCGGUCGCCUGCAUUGAAACGCUACGCUAAAAUUGUUUAUAAAUCGCAUUCACGCUUGAUUUCAUCGAAUUUAGUCGAUAACUGUUUGUUGACGAAAAUAGACAUGUCUGUGAAGCUAAGUUAUACGCUGUUCUCAAUUUUAAUAUUAUCACGUUAUUGUGAAUGUAUGACAGGAAUUAAGAGGAAAUUCGUGAUCGACAAUGACGCUGGCGGUGAUGAUGCUAUGGCCAUAUUCUUGGCCGCUCUGUUCGAGAAGUAUCAUGCCGGUCCUCAAUUAAUUGGAGUUACGACAAGCAACGGUAACACCAACGAAGACAACGUUUCUUACAAUAACCAGAGAAUACUGAAGGUCGCCAAAAGACAGGACGUGCCAAUUUAUAGAGGUUCGAAAUCCUCUUUGGUGAAAACCCCUGAAAUCACGGACUACUUCGGUAAAGACGGCCUCGGAGACAGUGGGGAUGUCUACCCAGAUCUGGUACCGCCGCAUACAGAAAAUGCCGUCAACGCUCUUAUACAAUUGUCUAAGACACAUGAAGGCAACCUUACCAUCAUCACUAUAGGCGCGCUAACCAACUUAGCUUUGGCCAUUAAAACGGACCCCGCCUUUCUCGGCAGACUCGCACACGUCUACAUCGGAGCCGGACACAUACAUACCGAAGAAUACCCGACAGCAGAGUUCAACGCUCACAUGGAUGUUGAAGCGUACCACGUCGUGACCGAAAACGCGAAUCCAGAGAAAGUUACAAUAUUCCCCUUCUCACAGGUGCAGAAAUAUUGUAACUUUAGCCGGGAGUGGAGGAUAAACGUUCUCGGUGCAAUAAACACAGAAAUAAUCAGGGCCCAAAACAAAUACGAGAGGAUCUCGCUGCCAAGAGAAGAUAGAUGGCAGGCUUUGGACCCAGCGACUGUCGCGUUGUUUCUUAGGCCGGAUUUAGUUCAAGAGUACAAAUAUUCGAAGAAUAGCAUCGCUUUAUGUGGAGAAAACAGGGGCAUCACAAGUAAUUCGUUUGUCGAUAAAGAAGACGCCAAUGUUCGCAUCGCUUACUCUGUCAAGACUGAAGAAUAUCGACAAUUUUUACUGGAUCUCUUCUCGAACGAUGCCUGAGAAUUCACCUAACGAUAAUACAAGGAAUACCGACUGAAGCCCGAAGAUAGAAACGUGUAGAAGGAUACCUUAAUUGUAAUAGCGAUUAAAACUAAAUAUAACAUUUUUAUAUUCAAUUGAAUAUUACUAUAAUGAA